AUGGCGCUUCUGUCACACUACCCUGAGUUUCACGUUGCUCUUCAAUUCGCACAAAACCCUAACCCUAAAUUGAGGAAACUUCAUAGCUUCAAACCCUAUGCGAAAUUGAACGCAGUUGGAUCAAAGAACGGGGUGAAAUUUUCCAACGAAGUUAAGGAUUGUGCGGUUUUGGAUUUGGAUUUGGAUUUGGAUUUGGAAAGGAACGUGAAGCAGUAUGGUCAGUUUUCGGUUCCGGUGAAGAGUGGUUCGAGGUCGAGUAAAGAGGAAGAAAAAGAAAAGGAGAAUUAUUAUGUGAAUAUGGGAUAUGCUAUACGAACUUUGAGGGAGGAGUUUCCGGAUCUGUUUUACAAGGAGCUUAGCUUUGAUAUCUAUAGGGAUGAUAUUGUGUUGAAGGAUCCUCUGAAUACAUUUAUGGGUAUUGAGAAUUACAAAUCGAUAUUCUGGAACCUACGAUUUCAUGGCAAGACAUUUUUCAAAGCUUUAUGGAUUGACAUAAACAGUGUGUGGCAGCCUGUUGAGAAUGUAAUUAUGGUUCGCUGGACCGUUCACGGGAUCCCACGAGUUCCAUGGGAAAGCCGCGGUAGGUUUGAUGGGACAUCUGAGUAUAAACUUGAUAAACAGGGCAAGAUUUACGAGCAUCGGGUUGACAACAUUGCUUUGAAAAAACCUCCUAGGUUUAAAGUGAUGGGUGUGGAAGAAUUGAUUCAAUCUCUUGGCUGUCCGCAGACCCCAGGACCAACUUACUUCGAAAUAUCUUCAUCUGCUAAGAGAAAGUAA